CUGACCGACCGAGGUGUUGUUGUAUAUCAUACAUAUAUUAUUAUACUAUUUGUUGUAUAUUAUAUCUAGUAGAUUUAUUAUCAAACUGGUUUUCUCGAAUUACUCAAAAAAUAAUGAAUACAUCCUCUAGUUCUACUACUUCCAGGGCAAAUAAGAAAAACACGGUCGAAAAUAUGGACGAAGAUACCAUGGAUAUUACGCAGGAGGAUGCCGAUGUUGUCUGCUGGCGUAACCGAACCUGUCAGACCCGUAACGCGAGAUGGCUGUCCCUUGACAAAAUCUACGAAAAAUUGCAACGUCCAAACUUUUACGAGGUCGGUAAUACAUAUAUCAACGACGUGCUUGAAUACACGUUCACGGUAAAAGUCGAAAAUGUCGGCACACUGUUCCUACUGCAUUUAUUUGUUGGUAAUACCCAUGAAGGGUCAUUCAAAAUCAAAGUCAAUGAAGGCAAUGACUUGAAACUGGACCGAAAGAAUGGAAAGGCAUUUCUUUCAUCAAUCUCCAAAGAACACAGGUUUGACAAUUCACCAGAAGGAUCCGUGAACUAUGUAACCACUUAUAGCUUCUCUGAGCAAGAUGUUGAUUUGCUUAAAGAUAAGAGAUUGUACAUUGCAAUGUCUUACUUAGAAGGGAAAGGGAUCAACCAAGAAAUAAUUGAUGAUGUGAAAGCUAGUCAUGAUUUUGGAGCACUCCUCUCAGAAUCAAUUGGCUGUGAUUUUACAAUAAAAUCAUUAGAUGGAGAAACAUUUAAAGUUCACAAAGCAAUGUUAGUUGCGCAUAGUGAAGUAUUCAAAGCUAUGCUGAAAGAAGAUACAGCCGAGAGUCAGAACAACUUUGUAACUUUAGAUGUAAUGAAGGAGGACCUGCAAUGCAUCUUAGAAUUCAUCUACACAGGCACUGUGUCUGAUUUGGAGAAUAGCAAUUGGUUUAAUUUGCUGAUGUAUGCAGACAAAUAUGAUCUUAAAGGUCUGCGAGAAUUAUCUGAGCAUGCUUUAGCCCAACAACUGACUGUAGAUAACGUCUUAGAGGUACUCAUUGUUGCGGACAUGUCUAACUCUGAAGAUUUGAAAACUGCAGCACUAAAGUUCAUCAAGAAGAAUCCAUCUGCACUUCAAACUAGCACUUUCAAAGAGAUUAAAAAUGUGAGUUUGAUGGGGGAGCUCUGUAAGGCAUGUGCAUUUGCAGUGAAUUGAAUUUAUUUGUUACCAUGUUAAUAUAUUUUAAGCUGUGAUUAUUAUAGUGUAAGCAACAUUAAGAGCCCAUCGACAUGCUCACUAGCGCCACUGCUUAAUAAUUGUGAUUAUUUAAAUUUAACAAUACAUAUUUAAAAAAAGGAAAAGGCCUUGGGAAAAACUGGGGGAGGCCUUUUCCGCACAAGCGACAUGCAAAUAAUAAAAAAUAAAUAAAAAAGCCUUUUACUUCCAAUUUACAGUUUGUUUACAUUAGAAGUUUUAGCGUACUGGUUAGUAAGUUUCUUAUAGUUAGUAGUUAGUGUUAGGUUUAUGUAUUCUAUUUACUAUCGAUUUAUUUAAUAUAAAUAAUAAACCAAUAUGAAAUUUAAUGUAAUUGUAAAAAAGAAGCAUGAAAUAAAGGCUAUUACUAUUACUACUAUUAAAAAAAGGGGCCACUACAUACUGUAUUUUGUACUUAAAUACCUUUUGAAUACAUCAAACUAGUUGGAUUUGUUGAUCUAUGAACUCAAAACAAAAACGGCCAUUUUAACUUUGGACGCAUAGAUUGACGAAUCCAGCAACGUAAAAACUAUUAUAAUGUAUUCAAAAGGUACUUUAAUACAAAAUACAGUACGUAGCGGCCCCCUUUUUAAAAUAUCUAUCGUUAAAUUUAAAUAAUCACAAUUAUUUAGCAGUGGGGCUAGGACGUUGACGGACUUUUAACACUUAACUGCCCCUCGCUUUCACUACUGACAUGGAGCAAUACAGUAGUUUGACAGUGCAUGUCUUGUAAUGCACGGACAGUAAAAGUGUUAAUAUAGUUUGUUAUGUUUUCAGCAGUGUGAUGGACUACUAGCUACUAAAUUAUAGUACCUCAAUAUUUUCUUUGAUUUACACAUGUAUGAACCUGAACUUAACCAUGAAAAUAUUUAACUAAUUAUGUUAUUUAUCUGUUUUAUUAAUUUAUUAUUUAUGAAUAAAU